CUUAUCAUCAGUAUGUGAAUAAAAUGCAAAGCCACUGCUAACGAUAUACAUGCUUUGUUCCAGUAAGCCUACUGGGAUUCUGUGCUGGGACCACUCUAGGCUGGGUCUCUCCGAUGCAACCCCUUCUGACGUCACCGCACCCUCCUGUCGGAACUCAACCUAUGUCUGAGGGCACCAUCGCUUGGCUCGGAUCUAUAAACUUCAUUGGUUCCGUCAUUGGCACCUUCUUCUGGGGAAUUGCUGCAGAUCGUAUGGGGAGAAAAACAGCUGCUAGUCUAGUGGCCAUUCCAUACAUUGCUAGCUGGACUCUGAUCCUGGCAGCCCAGAAUGCUACCUGGCUGAUUAUAGCAAGGAUAGUUGCUGGAAUUGGCAACAGCGGAGCAAUAGUUAAUGCGCCAAUUUUUAUUUCAGAAAUCGCUCAAGAUGACCUUAGAGGAUUUUUUGGCUCUUUCUUGAUGUUGUGUAUUAACGUAGGUAUUCUUUUUUCAUAUGUAAUAGGAACUUAUUUGAAAUACAAUCAGGUAGCAAUAUGUUGCAUGACUGUGCCAAUUAUCUUUGUGUUGACAUUUAUCUGGCUGCCAGAAACUCCAAUGUUCUACUGGAAAAAUGGCCAGACUAACAAAGCAGAACAAUCACUUUUGUGGUAUCGAGGAGGGGAUGAGAAUGAAACUGAAAAGGUUCUUACAAAAUAUAAAACUAUUUCGAGAAAUCAAUACAAAAAACCAUCCUUAAAAUCACUUGUGGCUACUACAGGGACAACCAAAGCAUUAAUUAUCGGAAUAGCUUUGAAGAUUGCAGUCCAGGGUAGUGGCAUAUUUCCUAUUUUAAAUUUUGCUGUCAGUAUUUUUAAUAUGUGCGGCACUUCACUAACUGCAUAUCAGUCAGCUAUUAUCAUGGGAUCUAUGCAGUUAAUUUUUACCUGUUUCUGUUCUGUGCUGGUUGAUCGGCUGGGCAGGAAAGUUCUUCUGGUAGGUUCUCUUUUGAUGAUGACUGUGUCACUAUUAGUGCUUGGAAGCUACUUAUUUUUCCUUGACAACCAGCCGAUGAAUCCAAUAUUGAGGGGAAUUCCUAUCGUAUCACUUUCCCUCCAUGUCAUCGCAUAUGCUGUCGGUGUGGGUCCAGUUCCUUUCAUAAUAAUGGCUGAAAUUUUCCCACCAGAAAUUAAGGGUCUUGCCAUAUCACAGCUGCAGCUUCUCACAGGUAUAAUGGCUUUUACAACUGUUAAAUUAUUUCCAACUAUGAAAUCAUUGUUAACACCCCAAGGAUGUUUUUGGUUUUUCAGUUUCAGCUGCUUAGUAUUUUCUAUUUUUUUCUCUUUGUAUCUACCUGAAACGAAGGGCAAACCUCCAAAUGUUAUCUUGAAGCUUUUAAACAAAGAAGACCUCACUAACUAUGAUACAAAUGAAGUAACUAAAAAUAUUAAAGAAAAACAAUCUUUACCUUUAGUAAAAAAGGAUAGUGUUUAAUAAAAGCAGAUCGAAUUUGUAUUUAGUUAUAUUAUUGUAUAUUUAUAUAGGUACUUUAUGUAGAACUUUAAACUGAAUACUGUUAUAGUACAAAGUAACAUAGGUUGAUGUAUUUUGUAGGGUUAUAAGGUUGUUACUACGUGUACGCAUCCCUUACUUCAAUACUCAAGUAACUGUGAUUUAGAAAAGAAAUAUACACUAUGUUUUAUUUUUAAAGCAGUAUAUAUACACAAUGUAGAGUCAAAAGUUUCUGAAAUGUCACACAUGCAGUGUGAGUUUUGAAUGUUUCCCUCCAUUUAUUUCCAUUUGCCAUAUGUCUUCAGAUAUCAACUCAGGACUACUAUCAAUAAUUUGAGUAGCGAAUACUUCAAAUUAAUAUUUUUGGCCGCCAUCUUGAAUUCAGCAUAGUGGAUUUAGAUAUAUUUUCAAUAUAAUAGUGGUGUUCUGAUACACGAUUUUGAUAUUUUUAUUUUGUUCUGAACAUGCUCAGUUUUUUAAUAUUAUUAGUUUUUCAGACAUUGCUACUUUU